AUGGACUCUAUCAAGUUCAGGGGGUUCUACUCUAGCACUGAGGAGCAGAACCCUGAGCAGCAACCUGGUAUCAGUGAAAACGUUUCUUCAUCGUUCUCUCUAAAAGAGCAACAGAAAAUGAGUGAUUAUUCUGGACUUGCCAAUAACCAUAGCCAGAUGAUUGCUGAAGAUUCGGAAAUUCAGACGAAGCCUGAACACUCUCAUGAAGUUCUCCAGGAAGAUAUUGAAAUGAGCAGUGGAUCCAGUGGAAAUGACUUCAGUGGCAAUGACACAAAUGAAAACUACUCAAGUGGGCAUGAUUCUCAUGGCCAUGAAUCGGAUGAAAAUGGGAAAGAUUCAGCAAUGCUCAUGGAAUCUUCAGACUGUCAUAAAAGUUCAAGCUCAAAUGCAUUUAGUCUGAUGAUUGCAAACUCUGAACACAAUCAGUCUAGCAGUGGAUGCAGUAGUGAGCAGUCCACUAAAGCCAAAACACAAAAGGAGCUGCUGAAAACAUUACAAGAGCUGAAAGCUCACCUUCCUUCUGAGAAGAGAAUUAAAGGCAAAUCUAGUGUCCUAACAACGUUGAAGUAUGCCCUUAAAAGCAUUAAGCAAGUUAAAGCCAAUGAGGAAUAUUACCAACUGUUGAUGAUUAAUGAAUCCCAGCCUGCUGGACUCAAUGUGUCAUCUUACACGGUGGAAGAAGUGGAGACUAUAACCUCAGAAUACAUCAUGAAAAAUGCAGAUAUGUUUGCUGUAGCUGUUUCUUUGAUUACUGGGAAAAUUUUGUACAUCUCUGAUCAAGCAGCUUCUAUUCUCCGCUGUAAGAGGGGUUAUUUUAAAAAUGCCAAAUUUGUGGAGUUCUUGGCACCUCAGGAUGUCAGUGUGUUCUACACUUCUACUACCCCGUACAGAUUACCAUCAUGGAAUAUUUGCAGUAGAGCUGAGUCUUCCACCCAGGACUGCAUGGAAGAGAAAUCCUUUUUCUGUCGCAUCAGUGCGGGAAAGGAGCGUGAAAAUGAGAUUUGCUAUCACCCGUUCCGGAUGACUCCUUACCUUAUCAAAGUGCAGGAUCCAGAAGUAGCAGAGGACCAGCUUUGCUGUGUGUUGCUUGCAGAGAAAGUACAUUCUGGUUAUGAAGCACCCAGAAUUCCUCCUGACAAAAGAAUUUUUACAACUACGCACACACCGACCUGUUUGUUCCAGGAUGUAGAUGAAAGAGCAGUACCUCUGUUGGGAUACCUACCUCAGGACUUAAUAGGAACGCCAGUCUUGGUGCAUCUUCAUCCAAAUGACAGACCCUUAAUGCUAGCAAUUCACAAAAAAAUACUGCAGUAUGGAGGACAGCCUUUUGACUAUUCACCAAUCAGGUUUUGCACGAGAAAUGGAGACUAUAUAACCAUGGACACUAGCUGGUCCAGUUUCAUCAACCCUUGGAGUCGAAAAGUUUCGUUUAUUAUUGGAAGACACAAAGUUAGGACGGGUCCCUUAAAUGAAGAUGUCUUUGCUGCUCCCAACUAUACAGAGGACAGAAUCCUUCAUCCCAGUGUUCAGGAAAUCACUGAGCAAAUAUAUCGGCUGUUAUUGCAGCCUGUACACAACAGUGGAUCCAGUGGGUAUGGAAGUCUAGGGAGCAAUGGUUCACACGAGCACUUAAUGAGCGUGGCAUCCUCCAGUGACAGCACAGGAAAUAAUAAUGAAGACACUCACAAGGAUAAACCAGAUGUUUGUCAAGAUGCCCGUAAGAUCAAAAAUAAAGGACAGCGUAUUUUCACUGACAGUAAAGCAAAACUGGGACAUAAGAGAGAGCCUUCUGCAGAAAAACAAAAUGGUUCUGGUGGUCAGGUGAAAGAUGUAGUAGGAAAGGACACUGCAGUAACAACUGCUCCUAAAAAUGUGACUACUGAAGAGCUGGCUUGGAAAGAACAACCUGUGUAUUCUUACCAACAGAUCAGCUGUUUGGACAGCGUCAUCAGGUACUUGGAGAGUUGUAACGUGCCCGGUACAGCAAAAAGAAAAUGUGAACCUUCACCAAAUGUUGCAUCACUGAAUCCUGGAGUUCACGAACAAAAACCAGCUGAUCAUGCUAUACAGCCCUUGGGAGAUCCUGCUGUGUUGAAGGCAUCUGGUAAAUCAAAUGGUCCCCCAGUGGUUGGUGCUCACUUAACAUCUUUAGCUUUACCUGGCAAGCCUGAGAGUGUUGUCUCACUCACAAGUCAGUGCAGCUACAGUAGCACCAUUGUUCAUGUUGGAGACAAAAAAACACAACCUGAAUUAGAAAUGAUAGAAGAUGGUCCAACUGGAGCAGAACUCAUAGAUGGCCAACUUCUUGCACCUCCAUCCAGCUCUGCACAUGUAAAUCAAGAAAAGGAGCCAUUUAAAAAGCUGGGACUUACGAAGGAAGUCCUCGCAGUGCACACACAAAAAGAGGAGCAGAGCUUUUUGAAUAAGUUUAAAGAAAUCAAGAGAUUUAAUAUUUUUCAGUCCCACUGCAAUUACUACUUACAAGAUAAACCAAAAGCACGGCCUGUUGAACGUGGUGGCCGUGGACAAAGGAAUGGCACUUGUGGAAUGGAUCAGCCUUGGAAGAAAAGUGGAAAGAACAGGAAAUCAAAGCGCAUUAAACCACAGGAGUCUUCGGACAGCACAACUUCUGGAACUAAAUUCCCCCAUCGGUUCCCUCUUCAAGGUUUAAAUGCUACUGCUUGGUCACCAUCAGACACUUCUCAAGCGAGCUACUCAGCCAUGUCUUUUCCCACUGUUAUGCCUGCAUAUCCACUUCCUGUUUUUCCAGCAGCAGGGACCAUGCCACCAGCUCCUGAGCCUUCACUCUCUGGUUUUAAUCAGUUGCCAGACUCUGGAAAUCCUUGCCCUGUGCAACCAUCCCAGUUCUCUGCACCCCUCAUGACACCUGUCGUAGCUCUCGUGCUCCCAAACUACGUCUACCCGGAGAUGAACAAUAACUUACCUCAGCCGCUUUACCACAGCCAGCCCAGCUUCCCUGCCCAUUCCACCUUCUCUUCCCAGACGGUGUUCCCGACCCAGGCGCCGUUUGCUACGCCCAGCCCUUUCCCACAACAGGCCUUCUUCCCAACGCAGCCAUUCCAUUAUAACCCCCCAGCAGAGAGUGAGAAGGUUCCUGUGGCAGAGCCCCGGAACGAGCCGUCCCGCUCCUGCACUCCGCAGUCGGUAGGUCCUCAGGACCAGGCUUCACCACCCCUGUUCCAGUCACGGUGCAGUUCUCCCCUGAAUCUUCUGCAGUUAGAAGAAACCACAAAAACUGCUGAAAGUGGAGCUCCUGCAGGUUUACAUGGAGCUUUAAAUGAGGAAGGAGCCAUAGGCAAAAUCAUGACAACUGAUAACUGUAGUGGAAAAGAAUCCUUACCAGCUGAAUCACCAAUGGAUGCUCAGAACAGUGAUGCACUCUCCAUGUCUAGUGUCCUGCUUGACAUUUUGCUCCAGGAAGAUGCAUGCUCAGGCACUGGUUCAGCUUCCUCGGGGAGCGGUGUCUCUGCAGCUGCUGAGUCCCUGGGGUCUGGAUCCAAUGGCUGUGGCAUGUCAGGGAGCAGAACAGGUAGUAGUGAAACUAGUCAUACCAGCAAAUACUUUGGGAGUAUUGAUUCCUCAGAAAACCAUCACAAAACCAAAAUGAAGGCAGAAAUGGAAGAAAGUGAGCACUUCAUCAAAUAUGUCCUUCAGGAUCCUAUAUGGCUUUUGAUGGCUAACACGGAUGACACUGUCAUGAUGACUUACCAGAUACCUUCACGAGAUUUGGAAACAGUUUUAAAGGAAGAUAAGCAGAAACUAAAGCAAAUGCAGAAACUACAGCCAAAAUUUACAGAAGAACAAAAAAGAGAACUUAUUGAAGUUCAUCCAUGGAUCCAGCAAGGCGGACUGCCAAAAACUGUAGCGAAUUCUGAAUGUAUUUUUUGUGAGGACAAUAUACAGAGCAAUUUUUAUACGUCGUAUGAUGAAGAAAUCCAUGAAAUGGACCUUAAUGAAAUGAUUGAAGACAGUGGGGAAAACAACUUGGUUUCUCUCAGUCAAGUCAGCGAAGAACAAACAUAGCCUUUGAGCCUGUUGUUUUCCAGGCUGCUUCAAAACAACAGUCAUGAUCCACAAAGGUUUUAAUCUUGUAUCCAGCAAGAUGAAUGCAGUUCAUAAAAACAAAUGUGUUUUUUCUUGCUCUGGAAGAGUCAUUUGUGAAUGAAUCUCUUUUUAAAUGGUGGCAAUCUCUUCCCAGUAAGGACGUUGUUGAAG